AAGUUGUAAUUUAAAGACCGGCGGGAACCUUCUUUGAUCUUUCUAAGAUACUUCGAGGGACACAGACGGCUCUUACUGUUCUUAACAACUUUAUAAAACAAUGGCUUUGAUGAAGCUUCUAAAUACCCGCCCUGACACGCCAUAUUUCCGGCCACCCCCACUGCACUUCAAAGUAUUAAGAUCAUGCGACCAGCUGAGGGUCACUAGCUGGCACUUCGAAGAUGGGACAGCUAAACCACUGAUAACCAAAAAGAACACAGUGGCAGCCAUCACAGAUAGCCAGACUGUGACCAAGGUCACGAUAUUUGAGGAGUUUGCCUCUAAAAUCCAGCAGGGGGGGUGCUACAUAAUGAGAGGAUAUGAACUCAGGGGCACGGCCCCACCAUACAAUAUAAAUAUAACUGCACGAACACAAUUUUUUAGGGCACCCACCCUAACUGUGACUGAAGAUCGUUUCACAGAAGCAGAGCAUCUUCUGGAUCCUCCUGCUCCACUCACACCUCUGAAGAUGAGCUCCACAAAUGGCGGGCUCAUCACAGUCCAAGGGGAGGUGGUGGAGUUUUCUGCAGUAAAGGACGUACUGUCCGGAAAACAGCACGUUCCCUUGCGGAAUCUACAGCUAAAGGAGGAUGGGUACACCAUGUCAGUCUGCCUCUGGAGGGAGGCAGGAAUUUACACCUUUAAUGUGGGAGACCAGAUUAACCUCUCCCACAUGAAGCUGAACCACACCGCAUAUGGGCCACAGCUGCACAGCACUACUUAUACAAAGAUUGAGACAAAAGUAGAGGACAGAGCAGAGGUCCUGAUCAUUGGUGUGGCUACGAGUGACAAGCCGAACCAGCUUGAAGUGCUUUUGGAUGAUGGGCAGAGUCUCUUCAUCGACAGUGAGCUCUGGCAACCAUUUGAUAAUGAACUUGAGGAGGCAGCGGUCAGGGUAAAAGUUCAAAUUAAAGGCAAGCAAAUUAUGCAGAUUGAAAAAAAAUCACUGUGAAUAAUUUAAAAAAUGUACAGUUCCUUUGUUUGUUACUUGUUUGUUUGUUCAAAAAUAUAAAAUGUUAUAUUUUAUAAAUUAAAAACAAUGAAGUUCAUUUUUUCUAUGUAUUUAUAAUUUUUAAUCACACAUUGUUCAAUACUUAAGUGACAGCAACAUAAAUGAAAAGUUUGCCAGUUUACAAAUUCUAGUUGGUGUCCAUUAUGCCCAAUUCAGGGUAAUUUUGCCAGUUUCCAUUGUAUUUGCUUUUAUUUUUAUUACAAAGUAUAUAUUAAAAUGAAGACCUUUGUGUAAAUUUAUAUACACAGGUAUAUAAAAUAAUUAUUCUGUUUGUUUUUUUAUUAUCAAGUAGAGACUGUUCAUUAGAAUCUAGCCCUGUACCAUAGUUAACUGUUUUAACUUUAACUUAUUUUUGAAAUCAAAAAAUCAAAUAAAU